AUGAAAAGAAGCCGUUCGGAAGCCGAUUCAUAUUUAGACCAUGACCAACGCCAAAAGAUUUUCUCUGACGAAAAUAUAAAUUUCCCUAUGAAUUCGUUCUCCAAUCUUCAAUCCUCACAUAUUGAUCUCAAAGAAUCAAUAAGUUCCUGUACAAAAACAAAUAAGCCUCAUCAAAAUAUUUUUUUCACAAAUAAAAAUUUAUUUUAACUAUUUUUUUUAAAUACAAUAGCCUAUGCUUCAAGCCAAACCCUCCAAAUUUAAUGUAAAAUUCUAUAAAAACAGAUGGUCAAUUGACGAAGACUUCUUAUUACUUCACCUCUACAUAGAGCAUGGGGCGAAAUGGGUCUUUAUUGCUUCUCAGUUAAAAAAUAGAGCUCCAACCUCAAUAAAGAAUCACUUUUAUUUAUUGAGAAAUCGCAUGACAUUAGAAGAAGCAGAAUGAAUGAAAAACCAAAUUCGAGUAAACAGAAUUAAAAGAAAUUUUGAUACAAAUAAUGAGAAAGUCAGCUUAACUACAAAUGAAGUUAAAGAUGAACAAAAUGAUAAUUCCUAAUAAACUAUCCAUUUUUUAGAUAAAAUAUAAUAUUUACCUUUAGGGUCCUUAUUCAAGCUUAUCUUUUAAAGAAUAAUUCCUUAUUGUGUCACGAGCUAUAAGAAUAUGGAGUGAUGAUAUUGUUUUAGCUAAAGUUUAUGAUGUGAAGGAUAACAACAAAAAUUUCUCAAUUGAAAAUGAUAAAGCGUGGGCAAAAAUUUGUGAAUUAAGAAUCAAAGAAGCCUUUUUGGAGAAUCAGCUUUUGGAAAAGAAGAGGGAAUUAAGCGAAUUCAAAACAGAGCAUGGUAUUAUAGACUAA